AAUUAUUAAUGUAAAUAGGGAUAUGGAAAGUAGUAUAAAUAGAAAGAUUUGCAAGUUUCUCGUGAGAGUUCACAAGCCAAUUAACACUGAUCACACUUGCUACUACGCCACCCUUGUCCACUUGAUCCCACAAAUUGUGCACUUUCAUUUCUAGAUCUUCUUUUAAAUUCCCAUUUGGCCAAAAUUUCUUCAUACUUUUCAUGAUUCUUGAUUCUACAACACUGUGGGGUACUAGGAAUUUUCAUUUGUUUUGAGUGAUUGAUUUGGUUACUUUUAUGAUCUGGGAUUCUUUGACAUUCUUGUAUUAACCCUUCGGAGAUCCAAGAUCAUCAGUUUCCAGAAGUGUAUUAGCUGAUAUGGAUACUUGCUGUGUUGCUGUGAAAUCCACUGCCCAUUUGGGGAGAGUGAGCAAAGGUGGCUUUAACAAUGGAGAGAAGGAGUUUUUUGGGGAGCAGAUCAGAGGGAGUUUGAAAAACAAUCUCAAGUUUAAUCAGUCGUCGAAAAGUUUGAAACUUGAGAAGAAGGAGAACAAGAUCAAACCUGGGGUUGCUUUCUCUGUGAUCACUACUGAAAAUGAACAAGAGACUCUGUUCUUAGAGGAGACGGCGCCACGUUUUGAGAGACGUCGGGCAAAUCCCAAGGAUGUGGCUUCAGUCAUACUAGGAGGAGGUGAAGGGGCCAAAUUGUUCCCUCUCACAAGUAGAGCUGCAACCCCUGCUGUUCCCGUUGGAGGAUGCUACAAGCUAAUAGACAUCCCAAUGAGUAACUGUAUCAACAGUGGUAUUAACAAGGUUUUUGUGCUGACACAGUACAAUUCUGCUCCCUUGAAUCGUCACAUUGCUCGAACAUAUUUUGGAAAUGGUGUGAGCUUUGGAGAUGGAUUUGUUGAGGUACUAGCUGCUACUCAGACACCUGGGGAAACUGGAAAAAGAUGGUUUCAAGGAACUGCUGAUGCUGUUAGACAAUUUAUUUGGGUUUUUGAGGACGCUAAGAACAAGAAUAUUGAGAAUAUCCUUAUAUUAUCUGGGGAUCAUCUUUAUAGGAUGGAUUAUAUGGAGUUGGUGCAGAACCAUAUUGACCGGAAUUCUGAUAUUACUCUUUCAUGUGCACUAGCUGGGGACAGCCGAGCAUCAGAUUUUGGGCUGGUCAAAAUUGACAGCAGAGGCAGAGUUGUCCAGUUUGCUGAGAAACCAAAAGGUUUUGAUCUUAAAGCAAUGCAAGUAGAUACUACUCUUCUUGGAUUAUCUCCACAAGAUGCAAAGAAAUCCCCCUACAUUGCUUCAAUGGGAGUUUAUGUAUUCAAGACAGACGUAUUGUUGAAGCUUUUGAAAUGGAGAUAUCCUACAGCUAACGAUUUUGGCUCUGAAAUUAUACCAGCAGCUAUAGACGAGCAGAAUGUCCAAGCAUACAUAUUCAGAGACUACUGGGAGGACAUUGGUACAAUUAAAUCUUUUUAUGAGGCUAACUUGGAGCUCACCUCAGAGUUCCCAAAGUUUCAAUUUUACGAUCCAAAGACACCUUUUUACACAUCUCCGAGGUUCCUUCCACCAACCAAGAUAGACAAUUGCAAGAUUAAGGAUGCCAUAAUCUCUCAUGGAUGUUUUCUGCGCGAAUGUACUGUGGAACACUCCAUAGUUGGUGAAAGAUCGCGUAUAGAUAGCGGCGUUGAACUGAAGGAUACUUUAAUGAUGGGAGCAGACUAUUACCAAACAGAAUCUGAGAUUGCCUCCCUACUAGCAGAGGGGAAAGUACCAAUUGGAAUUGGAGAGAACACAAAAAUAAGGAAUUGUAUCAUUGACAAGAAUGCAAAGAUAGGAAAGGAUGUUGUGAUCAUGAAUAAAGAUGAUGUUCAAGCAGCAGACCGACCAGAGGAAGGAUUCUAUAUACGGUCAGGGUUAACCAUUAUAGCAGAGAAAGCCACAAUUAAAGAUGGCACCGUCAUAUAAACUCGAUAAGUAUCUCUUGUUGAUCUACUGGAGAUCCAUGGAUAUCAAAAUCUGGACAUGAAGAAGAUCAAGGGUGAACUGUUUCCCAACAAAAAACCAAGCACAUUCAGUAGCUGACUCGCUGAUGGAAGCUUUCUGUGCUCAUGUAAAAAGAGCAAGUAUAAUCGAGACGCGUCUAAAAUAAAACUGAAGCUGUACCCCUAGAUGGCUAGUUCCUGUUCUAAGAGUCAAAGUUAAAAGAUAAUUGUAAUAGGUGCAGCAUCUGAAGAAAAGUGGUGUUACUUACUACUCAAUCUAGAUUUUUCGUAUUGUAAAAAACUCUUUACGUUAAAAAAAAUCUCUUUAUGGUGCA